UGCCAACUUCUCAUCGUCCUCGCCGGUGCCGUCCUGAACCUAAACGACCAUUUGAUGUCCUGUCUUGUUCUUAUCCAUUCCCAAAGCUGAUUCUCUUUGUCUCUCUCUCACGUCCAAAUGUCAAUAUUUUAUUGAUUUUCAAACUUGGAAGCAAUUAAUAAGCUAUGUCAUAUAUUCCCUCCCAAAUUUCCAAAUCCUGCUGAGGCGCUCAAACAGAGGCUGUUCUGUUAUCUUCCAUACAUUCUGAGUUUUUUGUCAUUCUGUUGCUUGCUCCAGCCUCCAGCGAUGGCCCCGUCGGCGGCGACCUUGAUCGAACGCCGUCGAGUGAUUUCGACGAACGGUGGUGGGAAAGCUCUGGUAGAUGUGGAUUCGGGAGAGCUGAGGGGAGAAAAUGGCUGCGACAGUUCAGGUGAGAAGCGCGUGGGAGUCGCCGGGAGAAAUGGCCCUCGGCCUCAGCCUGCUCGGCAAUCGUCCUAUAAAGAAAAUAUUGGUCACAUAGCUGCCGAGACGUAUUUGAUUACUCGGCUUGCUUUCACGCUUCUUCAAUGUUUGGGGAUAGGUUAUCGCUGGAUUACUCAAUUGCUUGCCCUUGGAUGCUAUGCCAUGCUUCUUAUGCCUGGUUUUCUACAAGUUGGAUAUUUUUAUUAUUUCUCAAAGCGGGUAAAACGAAGUGUUAUUUAUGGAAGUAUGCCAAGGAAUAGGAUGGAUCUGUAUUUACCUGCUGAUAUUCGUGAACCCAAACCAGUUUUGAUAUUUGUAACUGGAGGAGCAUGGAUUAUUGGGUAUAAAGCAUGGGGUUCCCUGUUGGGAUUACAGUUGGCAGAAAGAAACAUCAUGGUGGCAAGCAUUGAUUACAGAAACUUUCCUCAGGGAACCAUCAGUGAUAUGGUAAAAGAUGUCUCGCAAGGAAUUUCAUGCGUUGUUAACACUAUAACUGAUUAUGGAGGUGACCCUAAUAGGAUUUAUCUGAUGGGGCAAUCUGCUGGUGCUCAUAUUUCUGCUUGUGCUUUAAUGGACCAAGCACUUCGAGAAUCUGGAAAAGAAGAUAGUGUUUCUUGGAGCGUCUCCCAGAUAAAAGCAUAUUUUGGUUUAUCCGGGGGAUACAACUUAUUGGAUUUAAUUGAUCACUUUCAUCAACGUGGCUUGUAUCGUUCCAUUUUCUUAAGCAUAAUGGAAGGUGAAGAAUCAUUGGAGAAAUUUUCUCCUGAAGUCGAAGUUAGUGACCCACGCAUUAAAGAUGCCAUUCCUCUGUUGCCCCCAAUUAUUCUGUUUCAUGGAACUGGUGAUUAUUCCAUACCAGCAGAUUCCAGUAAAAAGUUUGCUGAUACUCUGAAGAACGUGGGUGCACGAACUCAGCUUAUUCUAUAUGAUGGAAAA